CUAACCUAAUACACACCCAAUGUUGUUCCCUUCAUAGCGAUUUAAUAUUUUAUUUUAUUUUAUGAUUUUGCGUUAGAUUGGUUUACGUUAAUAUUGUAACAGUUGAUAUAUUGAUCACGCAUGAACUGUAUAUAUAUACACACCCUGAUUGAAACACCUGUCUUGUCAUUCAGUAUAUACACACCUUUAUUGAAACACCUGUCUUCUUGAACUCGUAUAGUGAAAACUCUGUUAUCGCUGAUAAUGAAAAUAAAUUGACAGUGGUUCCAUACGGGAUUCCAUGAUGUUACUGAAAGUUCCUCAAUAAUUUCCAACCUGGUUUUCCCUUGUCAUUGGUGCAGAACAGAAGGCCUGGCAAGGACUGUCUAGUGAUUUGGACGGAACAAAACAAAAACUGUUACCGUGCACGUAAAAUGAACCAUGAUUAAGUUGAAUUUGAUGAAGUUCAGACGGAAACACUACUGUUAGGUCAAAAUUUCUCCCAUAGCACACUGUAUGUCAUCCUCAGUAUCCCCGGUGGUCGGUCUCAUUCCAUUCUACUCAACUAUACCCUCGGUUCAUCCAUGGGGUAUUCACGUAUUCAUAUCAUCUGCCCUUGAUUGUAGAUUGAUUCUACAAACCAACCAAACAGAUUACAAACCAGUCUUAGCCCCAUUGUUUACGCUCACAGCAAUAUGACUGCAACAAGAGGAGUUUCUUUUCCUUCGCCAACUUCCUUAGUAUUUAAAGACUUUUUUGAUUGGUCGAUAAAAAGGGCAGAUAAAUUGAAUAUAUGUCUCCCUUGUGGAUGAACCCCGGAGUUAGUGAAGUGGAACAGACUUUUAUUUGUCAUAUCUACAGGUCGGAGAACUUACUGGUCAGUGAGUUUACUAUUAGAAUUUCAAGCAUCUUACCCUUAAAUCACAACAAAUGAAAUGGGUUUAACCCAUUAAGUGCGUAGAACGUUAUAUUACGUCCUGGAAAACUGCCACUCACUGUGUGUAGGGCAUAAUAUAACGCCUUGGAGGUAUUUUCCCCAGUCUAUUCUUAGAACAUAGUGCAUAGUUCUUCGUCACAAUUACACAAUAGGGGGUAGUUAACGUUUUAAAAACGUCACGCUUAAUGGGUUAACAUCCUACUGUCCUGCACCAAGGACAAGGGGAAACCACACCGGAAAACCCCUAUGAACUUUCACAGCCAACACAUGGAGCGAACCCGCGACCUCCAGAGUAGCAAACCAGCAUUUUACUCACUUAGCGUCCGUGGCUCCCAUUGUAAAGUGAAAGCCCUGUUAGGUUGUUUCAUUAAGGGAUUAAAAAGAAGGACUUAAGACUGAUAGAUUGAUUGUAGUAAAGGGGCAUUGUCAUUUUUGACAAGAAAUGUAAACUUGGAAAAUCUGUUCAAAGUAAUUAAACGGAUACUUCCUUCAUUCUAAGGAAUCUUUGAUGAACUGCUAGAAAACGGCUGUAAAUCAUAAAUGAUUCAUAGGUAAAGCCUAAAAAAAAAAUCCCUUUAUAACAAGGUUUGAGGGCUGUUCUCACAAUCAGCUUUUGAAUGUACAAAAUGAAAAGGUAGAAAUCUUUUACCAAUUGAUAACAAUUGCCAAAUUGAAAGUGCCUCUUUAGAGAUAAAUGUUGAGAAAGGAGGGAGUUGUGUAAUUGUUUCAAGAUUUUAACAGAUAAUUUAAAGUAGCUAAGUCUCUAACUCAGUAUCAUCCAAAACAUUGAAAACACGAAUUAUUUGUCAAUUUAAAUCAACAUUGAUGUUGUCAUCUUAACGGGAAAAGAUGGGCUUCUGAUAUCUAAUAUUUAACACAAAUUAAACAUUUUACCAUUAGUACACGAUACGUGUACCAUAAUGCGUUUCAGUGCUAUUUGUAACAAGGGACUCGGAGAACAAAGCUAGACAUAUUCCACAAGCCAUGUCAAACAGUGACUUCAUAUUCUUAUCUGGAGAGCAUGUGCAAUGAAUACUAUCGAAGUAGACUGGAAUAACCAGAGAUUGCCAUUCGAUUGAAACUUCUGGCGUAUUUCGCUGAACAUGACAGAUUAGAAAUUAGAGUAAAAACGAAAACGAUUGAAUGUAAAUCAGUUUAUAUAUAUAAUUCAUAUUACAUUAUUGUAUGCGUUGCGGCCCAUUUGUGUUAAUAUCUAGGUCCCAGAUAUUAGGGAUUUAGCUCCUUUAAAAUGAAAGUAUGAAUAAAGGUUGUGUAAUUGUGUAGUUUCGAGUGGCAUGAAAGAAGUAUUAAGUUGUGUUUCGUGGAUUUAAAAUGGAAGCAUGAAAGGUGUUAGGUUAACUAUAACAAAUUGUUUGUCCUGUUUUAUUCUAGGUCCAGCAAGAAUACGCCCAUUUCCAACAAGCUCUAGCAGCAAUACCACAAGCUAUGACUAAUGGUAAUCCAACAGUUGCUCCCAUGUUCAUAGGAGUUACCCAGCAGCAUUCUUUAAAUGGAUCUAAUCUCAUUGGUCAACCAGCAUUAACAACCAUGAAUCAACCAAUGACGUUAAACCAACCCUCCGUAUUACCACCAGGAAUGCAACAAGGUGGUAUGGUAGGACAAGUUGGAACACAUAUGAUACCAACAGCAUCUUCACCAACUUCUGUAAUGUUUACGUCAAGUUUACCAUCAUCUUCUAUGAUAAAUAUGCACCCAGGUUUUAAGAAUGAAACAGUAUUUACAUCAAUGGGUUCGGCUGUAAUGAUGCCAUCAUCGAUGUCUAACUCGUAUACCACGAUGGCGAUAACGUCUCCUCUAGUAGCCUCACCUUUACCAUCGGGUCUAAUCAUGUCUCAUAAUAUAGAAAAUGGAGGUAUAAAUAGCGAGAAUGUUGUAUUAGUACCCAACACCAGUGUACCACCACCAAUAUUACAGGCUCAACCACAACAAACACAUCAAUUUGAUAUCAAUAAUCCUAACAAUCAAUAUAUAGCUGUUCCAGAAGGUCAGAUAUUAGUAGGUCAACCACAGGCAGGUGGAGGUCAGAUGACCGUCGUCGGUCCACCACAAACAGUGAUGUCCCCUGGUCAGUUACCGACUAUAAUAACCACACCAAACGGUCAAACAAUGGAGUUAGUACAACAGGCCCAACCUCAACAAACUCUAUCUAUGGUUGGUCAACAACCGUUAUCACUAGUAGGCCAACAGAUACCACAGUUUUCUGUGAGAUGUAGCCAACCGUAUAGUUGUGACAUAUCUACGCCAACUGUCUCGAUGAGUAUGCCAAAUACAUCGACCUGUCUUCCGUAUAAUACCAACGUACCCAUCAGCUACCCAUACGACACUGGUCCUCCAAUCAGCCACCCGUAUAACACCACGCCAAAAGAAGAACCAAAGAGAAGAUUUACGGAAGAAAAACAUGACGAGCCGAUUCCCGAUAAUUUAUUGGGGUAUCAGCAUGGUCCGUUACAUUUAAUGAAUCAAGCUGCGUCCCAGUCGACAGUUGUACACAAUAAUACCAACACUAUUAGUUCACAGUCUGGAAUUAAUCCCAUAUUUGGUGGUACCAUAGAUACGUCCAGACCUGGAGUAUCACCAUACAGUGAAACACAGACAAUGAUGCCUCCACCACCUAAAACAGGUACUAAAAGAAGUUCACAAUCAUCUGAUGAUGAACCAAAAAGUAAAAAAGAUAAAAAUUUAACCAAGAAAAUAAUAAACAAAGAGGACAACGGUGAACAAAAUAUGGAUGUUAUUAAGGAGAAUGGGAAGAACGGAGAGAGUGAAAUAACCACCGAGAAUCGGGACAAUAGUCGAAUACCUACAGAGGGAACGAUAGAUCCCCAGUUUCAGCCUUAUAAAAUAGCUAUAUCAUCAGCCCCUACGUUAUACAAUACCCAGGCAAUAACCCCUGCUAACCCCUCUUAUCCCCAAUAUUCACAACCUCCUCCCGACCAACCCCAAUUUAUAACAACCAAUCAGGUUCCUGUACAAGAACAAACACUAUAUCAACCCCUCUCUAGCCAACCGUUACCGAUACACAGUCAGAAUAUCCCAGUUGCCAGUAUGUCAGUCGCAAUGCAAAGUCAACCAAUGACAGUAGUUAGUCAACAGGUAUCCAAUCAGCUGUUACAACCUAUAGCCAAUCAGCCGUUACCUGUGUACAGUCAACAGUUACCUAUAUCCAGUCAACCGUUACCUGUAAGCCAAUCAUUUCAGGUACCAACUCAACAGUCCACUACCUUACAGUACAGACCUUCUAGUCCCCAGAAUAUCCCCUUCCCUCAAUGGGGAGGUCCUGCUGCUUCCCCGCUAGCACCACCACCUCUACCCCCUACGUCCUUUUAUCAGAACAACCAACCCCCGCAGUGGAAUACUGGUAUAUCGGAAUCUGUUUAUACGACGUCGACAUCGCAGGCUGUUUUUUCAACCCCUCCUCCUCCCCCAACAUCUAUACACCAUUUUCAACAACCUCCGCCUUCGUUACCAUUCUGGGUCGGUCCAAACUAAUGAAAUCUGUAAACCUAAUUUGUGCCAUAAUUUACCCCAGUUGAAGGUUGUAAUUUGUACAGUGAGAAAUUUGUAUGCUAAUUACAAGUAUAGUGGCUGGAGGACUGUACCAUGCACAAAACUACACAGACAAUAAAUAAGACACAUCAAUCAAGUGAAUGGAUCCGUUAGGCUAGCUGUAAGUGUCCAUUGUACGGUACAACCCUGGGCCGUGAAUGAUACUAAUGACAAUAAUGUUUGUGUCUCCAUGUAUAUAGAAAUACUGAAGAUGCAUAUAGAGAGACAGCUAGAUUAUGAUUAUGAUUUUAUAUCAGAAUGAAGAUGUAAAAAUGGUUGUUUUAUUAACUGGACGUUUUUUAUAUUACUUUUAUGGAAAUAAUGGACAUCGAUAGUAGAAUUGCUCUUGAUCCAUCUGUUUUGAUGGUAUUAAAAAACAUUCUGUGCCGGUGAUUUUAAAUGACAAGGAAAUGAACAUCUAUAUUAAUACUAAACCAAAUAAUGAAAUAGGAAACUGUUGUUUGAUACAAUCAUGGACUCGACUUUAGGUACUGUGGUGAACUUGAUUGAUACAAAUCGUGGACUCGUCUCUCUGUACUGUGGUGAACUUGAUUGAUACAAAUCGCAGACUCGUCUCUAGGUACUGUGGUGAACUUGAUUGAUAUAAAUCAUGGACUUGUCUCUAGGUACUGUGGUGAACUUGAUUGAUACAAAUCAUGGACUCGUCUCUAGGUACUGUGGUGAACUUGAUUGAUACAAAUCGUGGACUCGUCUCUAGGUACUGUGGUGAACUUGAUUGAUAUAAAUCAUGGACUCGUCUCUAGGUACUGUGGUGAACUUGAUUGAUACAAAUCGCGGACUCGUCUCUAGGUACUGUGGUGAUUAAUACAAUUGUGAACUCGAUUUUCUGUACUGGUGGUGACUUUCUGUACUGUGGUGAAUUCAUUUAGUGGACAAUUGUUGAACUCCUUCUCUCUUGAGCUCAUAUUUAAAUCACCAAAGAUGACGACUAUACUGGGGUUUAAGAUAUAAAACCCAUUUGAUUCUAUUAUCAGUAAGUCUGUGCAGUAGAUUAAAAGGAUAUAAAUAAAAGUAUAAUUUGUGUUUUAAUUACAUGGAAUAUAAAGCUGUAUGUACAUAUUGUUAUAUUUCAUUCAAGCACCUGUUGUAUCUGUAAACUCGAGUUACACCAGCCAAAUUUGUAGUUACUGUGUAUAGAUUAUUAUAUCUUUUGUUUUUGAAAUGAGAUAAUUUUUAUUAUUAUUAUGGUUUUUGUCUCCAUUCUGUGUUUCCUACUUCUUCACAGAUCUGUGUCUGUAUUACUAGAUGCUAAUAAAACAAAAUUCUUGGAGGAAUUUAAUAAUAAAUAGGGGGCUGUGUUGGUCAGAUAGUUUAAACCAAGAUCAUAAUGUCUAUGAAGUGUCAUGGCUUUGAUUCCUCGAUUGUAUGUGACAAGGAGUAAGGUCGCCUGUCCAACCUUGUGGGUUUUCUCCAGGUCCUCCGGUUUCCUUCCACAGCUAUAUAUUGACCCCAUUAUUCAAGCAAAUAUUGAAAUAAAAAAUGAAAAAUAUUAGUCCCUAAGUUACCUAAAUUGUGUCGAAUGGGUGUUAAACCCUCUCCCAUUUCCUACAUAAAUAAAAUGGAAAUAAUGGGGCCGAGAGAGAAACAAGAGGAUGUGGCACAGAUCUGUGGAGGAAAGAGAAACAGAAAGCAGCUUGGUUUUGUCUCGAGAAAAAGUUUUGUUAUAUAUAUAUAUAUAUUUGUAAAUAUAUUUGUAUAUAUAUAUGUGUAUAUUUCAUCCAACCCAUUUGUUAACUUAUUAAUUAUGAUUUGUUGCCAGUUAUAAUUUUAUAGUAUUAAUGAGUUUUUCAUAUCAACUUCACACCAGGGCUUGGAUUUCAAACUUUUGUCAGCCAGUCAAAUUAUCUCAUAUAUUUCAGAUUAGCCCAACUUCUUUGGCGUGGACGUAAAAUAACCCUUGACAGUUGGAAUUCGAAAUAAGAGUAGGCCUUAGUGCCGCUGUCUGGGCAAAAAUUCACUCUAGCAUACUGUAUUUUAUAUGUCCUUCUUUAGUCGCCCAUUUGGUGCAGAAAAGUGGAAUAUUAAACCCCAUUUUAUUUUCAAAGAAUAUGCAAAUAUCUCCAUUUAUAUUUAUAAGCCUAUAUUUAAAUGAUACUACACUCAGUAACUGUGAAUUUAAUUCUGCUUUAUAAGGUUAAAUUCUUUGACAGUCUGAUUUAAUGGACCAAGAUCUUCAGCGAGUCAAAUUUACUGCCAAUCAGUCAGGUCUGGUCAAUAUGACUGAAUCAAGAGCCCAUGCCUUGGUUUCACAAAACAUUCUCAGACUUAAGUUAAGAAUUUAUACAAAAUUGUUCGCCUUAUUUUAACUGAAAUGUAGCCCUUUAUAAAACUCUUGUUUUAAUGUAUCAAAUACAUCAAUAAGAAACUAUGUGCAAAUUUUUGUGUUUCUGAAUCAAAGAUGUUUGUCAUAAACAGUGAUUGAAAGUUGACUAAAUUCUUAAAUUAAGUCUGAGAAUGUUUUGUUAAACCGAAACCUGGUACACAGCCUUUUGAAGUCAGUUGUUAUUUUCACCAAGGUCAGCUUUUCUACAUUGCCUACCAUACACAUAGUUCUAAGUCAUAUCUGAUUUGUCAAAAUAAAGUUUCUCUACCAGACAUAUUUAAGUUUUCCAGGCUUGUUUUUGUUUUGUAAAAAUAAUGAACUGACUUGGGUUGAGUUGUGAAGAAUCUGUCUAUAAUGAUAAAUAGUAUUAUUAAUUCUGUCAAUAAAUUUAUACCAUACCAACA